CGGGUGCCAAGCCCGAAGAGUAGGCCAUCGGACAUGGCCUUGAUCCACUAUCGCGAGCAAUUAGUUAGAAUGCGGCUAAACCAGAUUAUGUGGCAGCCAUAUGAGGCAGACUUCGGCCACUUUCCUGACUUCUGCGUUACAGGGAGGGAUACGUGGACGGCAAGGGUGUCACUUGUGUGUUUUUGCAUAGUAGAGACACACCAUCCAAACCGUGUCCUUCGACAGUUUGGGUUGGUACAGGGGCGGCUCGACUAUGUUGUGUACGAUGAGAGACUGCAUAGAAUAAACUUGCGUGGGAAGGUGGAAAAGAAUUGGAGGGAGGAGCAUGGACCGUAUAUCCUUACAUGGGGUAUGAGACAACAACAAGUUUGCCAUGCACCUCUUCAGAUUGGUGAGAUGCCCCACGAUCAUGACUAUUACCGCUGGUACCGUCUGGUCACUUGAAAGUAUGUCAACCACAACAACGCUAAAUUAGA